AUGUUAGGCAUUAUAAACAAGACGCCUACGAGGGAGAUCCUAGCCUUGUUCCUCGUGACGGGCCUGGCAAUCUGCUUUUACGAGAGCGACAUCCACAAGUCCGCUUUCUUCGUUCAACGACCACGCCGGGUAAUAGCCAAUGACAUCUCCUGUAACGGCACCAGCGUCAUCGAAGCCUGCCGAAGGGCGGACACCAUCCGUGUCCUGUUUGUCGUCGAGACCAACGCUAACAAUCGAGGCGUCCGCCUAUUCAUCCGCAAUUCCUACGCCGGCCCGCAGUUCUCCUCGCCACUCCGAUGGCUCACCGUCCUGCACAUCCGGGGAGAGCCGAUGCCGCAGAUGUACAGGGAGUGCAGCGUCUACGGCGACAUGGUCGUCCUUGGACCGUCCAUGGGUUUCCUCCACUUCGCCCCCUGGAUACUUCAGCACUGCCCCAAGGUCGAACUGGUGGUUAGCCUUGAAGAGAGGUUUCUUCCCCACCCUUUCUACCUGCCCAACUACCGCAUCCUCAAUAUGGACCACAGGAGGAACACCGUCCACUGCGUUGUUCGGGACGUAGGUGGCACACAGGGGUGCAAGCCUGGCGUGAUGGUCCUCUGGCGCAGUGCUUUGGAAGAGUUCAUCGAGACAGGCACCGAGGGGGAGGACCGGCUGGUGUCCUCGCGGCUUCCGGUCAUGGACAUGAGCAGUUACGUGUCCACUGGUGAAAACAUGACGAUGCUCUACACUAUCGGCGCCGUGGUUUUUUACAGGUACCCCGAAGGAUUGAACUGUACCAUGAGGGGCUUGUGGCGGAAAGUGAUCAAGUCGCCUGAUAACAAUCCCGGAGAUUUGUGGCUUUGA